AUGUAAUAGAUGACUAGAAAUAGAUGGAUACACCCGGCAUUGCUAGCUGAACAUUGAUGCUUUCAUUAUUGACACCACUGAAACUUUAUUGUUCUGGCUUUCCCCUGGAGAUGUUAAAUGGAUUGUAUUACUUCCCUGUAUUAUCUGUUGUAUCACAACAAGGCAAAGGGCGAUACUGUGAGUCCUACAAAGCCGCCCUAGAUACGUUUGUUAUGGACUGGUAACACUUGUAAGCCUCCCUGGAAGAACAUGAGGAAACCGGGUGUCUUUCUCUGUGCAUUGGUCGUCAUCUUCUUUAUGGGGUUCAUUUACAACAAUUUAUUCAGAAAAUAUUCCAAUGCAGACAGUCAUCCAGCUGCACUGACAACUAUCGGUACAUCUCCACCAACAUCUCCAGCAACAUCUUCAGCAACAUCUCCACCAACAUCUCCACCAACAUCUCCACCAACAUCUCCAGUAAUUGGCCCUCAAAGUGAAGAACUCACCAAUCUGCUGAAGAUAAUUGAAUGGCCCCUGGCUCCAACCAAAGUAUCCCUGGAAUUUUCCACCUACCCAAAGACUUCUGAAUACUUUAUCAUCAAUCCUCGGGCUACUUAUGUGAUUGGUGAAUCACUGGAGGUUCUAAUUAUUGCUAAGGACCACAAGGGUCGGACAAAGAACUAUGGUGGGGAUUAUUUUCAUGUGAAGCUUCACUCUUUGAGUCUAAAAGCCGGAGUGAGUGGCUCUGUUACAGACCAUAAUAAUGGUUCCUAUACAGCAAGGUUUAUUCUUCAGUGGUCUGGAGAAACUAUGAUCUCUGUUAGACUCAUGCAUUCCAGUGAACUUAUUGCAAUUUUACAUCAUCAGAGGGAUACUCGACCAGACAAGGUGCUCUUUAAAGGCUACUAUGAGAAAAAUGGAAUUGAAGAAGAGGUUACGUGCAAUUUCGAUCUACCUGGGCAGGACGUCUGUGAAUAUUAUGACCAGCAGAAUCAAGAAAAGUGGGUGUGUCAACGGCCAAAAAAGCUCCCUUGUGACUCAUACCGGGACCACUCAGGGGGAGAAAACCGCGACAUCCAAAGCCAAGAACAGAAACCGUUCUUCUCAACGUCACUGAUUGACCAAGAAAUCCCAUCAAGCCUUGGGUCACUUAAUGUCUUACCUAAGAAUAUCACAAGUGGUACAAAUGUUGCAUGUAUCGCUGGGCUAAAGAACCCAAACCCCUCAGGAUUCUAUUACCAAGAUGUCUGGAAAUCUCUGGUCUGCUCCAAUAAACAGUUUGAUAAUCAUACUUUGGCAACAAAAUGCCUUGCUGGGAAGAUGGUCUACAUGUUCGGAGACUCUACAAUGCGACAGUGGUGGGAAUACCUUGUGGCUUUCAUACCAACUCUGAAGAAGAUCGAACUUCAUACAAAACAUAAUACAGGUCCAAUUAUAGCCACAGAUGCAGAAUUUAAUUAUUUGGUCCAGUGGAGAGCCCACCAGAAACCUGUACGGAUGGAACGUACUGGAAUACAUGAACUACGCUACAUUGCUUCGGAAUUGGAUACAUUGGGGAACCGGAAAGGGAUGGUCAUCGUGAUAACAUGCUGGAGUCACUUUGUUACUUACCCUGUUGGAGUGUACAUCAAUAGGUUAUAUCACAUUCGAGAAGCAGUAGUACGACUGUUAGAACGCAGCCCCGAAACAAAGAUUAUCAUCAAAUCGGCCAACACUGGCUAUGGGUUUUACCAUGGAAGUGACUGGUUAUCAUUACAGCUGGACACUUUGAUGAGGGCUAUGUUCUCUAAUCUACCAGUCACACUUCUAGAUGUUUGGCAGAUGACCUCUUGCCACCGUGAACCUGAAAAUAUCCACCCUAUAAAGGUCAUUAUUAAAAAUGAGAUAGAUUUGAUGCUUUCAUUUAUAUGUCCUCAUUAACAAUCAGUGGUGUGUUUUAAUAUUGUUUAGAGCACAUUCUUCAGUGGGAAGUCCAAGUCUAAGUAACACCUGCUAUAUAUAGAGGACCAAAAACCUUAUGAACUGCUUUGGUUGCAGAUGGACAAAUCUACUGAACAGAUAGCUACAUAUGCGGGGACGUAUAGACAAGUCUACUGUGGCUUCAUUGGUCUGCAGCUUUUAUUUAUAUGCCUCUCAAUGUAAACUUGAUUGUUUGAUUAUAUUCAAAUAAAUAAUGUAUGUUUAUCUCAUCUAUUUGAAGUGAAUGCAAUCAGCACGAAGGAAUAAAUAUUAUGCCGAAGUGGA